CUAGGCCCAGUACCAGUGGAGAGCGAGAGAGAGGGGCCGGGCCGACACACACAGAGCGGCAGAGCGCCCACGCCGCAGCAGCAACCAACCAGCCCACCCCCUAGGAGCCGCCGCCGAAUUGGGUGCGUUCGCGGGCGCCGCCAUGGAGAGGGAAGCCACGGUCGCCUUCUACCCGCCGGCGCCGGCGCCGCCGCAGCAGCGCCCCACGCCCGCGCAGCCGCUCUCGGCCCGCGCGCCGCCGUCCGGCGUCGUGGGGCGGGGAGGAGGCGGAGGAGGGGCGGGCAGGCAGUACCGCGGGGUGCGGAUGCGGAAGUGGGGCAAGUGGGUGGCCGAGAUCCGGGAGCCCAACAAGCGGUCGCGGAUCUGGCUCGGCUCCUACGCCACCGCCGUCGCCGCCGCGCGCGCCUACGACACCGCCGUCUUCUACCUCCGCGGCCGCUCCGCGCGCCUCAACUUCCCCGACCAGCUCCUCGACGGCGCCCCCGCCGCCGCGCCCGGGGACCUCACCGCCGCCGCCAUCCGCAAGAAGGCCGCCGAGGUCGGCGCGCGCGUCGACGCGCUCCACUCCGGCGGGAUCGGCGUCGUCGCCCCUCCGGCCCCGCCGUCGCCGUCCCAGCGCCGCCGGCCCAAGAACCCCGACCUCAACCGGGAGCCCACCCCCGACACCGACGACGACGAGUAAACCCCCGCCGAUUCUUCAGUUCUCCUCCUCCGACCACCACCACCGCCUACAUACCUAGUACUAGUGCGUCUUAAUUAGUCCUUAGCAGCAAUCAGCAGCGAGCUAGCUAGCAGUAGCAGAGCAUCAACCAUCUCAGUGAGCAAGAAGGCAUGGGGAAGCAAGCGUGGAUCCGACACGCAAGGUGUUCGGUGAAAUGCCGGGCGAGCUCGGGGGCCGACCCGACCAAUAAUGGAGCCGCGACGUUGCCGUCAGCUCGGCCAGGGGGUUACUAAGUAGGGCCUGGACUGUCAGCGACGGCGAGCUUGGUAGCAGUAGACUCGGGGCGUGUGAGUGCGUGCGCGUGCUUGGGCAUGGGCAUGGGCAUGGGCAUGCAACUAAGCAAGGUGCAUGGCCAUGUACCUACAACCUGCAGCAGAUAUAAGAGUGUUUGUAAAGGAAGAAGAUACCGGCAAACAAAAACUUCAGGAAUCAUUCCAUGCA